GCACACAACUCAAAGAAAUUGAAAUCGUUGAGAGAAAGAAAAGAAAAGAAGAGAAAGAGAACGAGUUGACUCAGUCAAUCAAGCAUGGGAGAAGUGACUCGGAUAAUGAUAGGAGUGAACGAGUCAAGCUUGAAGGGUUAUCCAAAUCCUUCAAUCAGUAGCAAAGGUGCUUUCGAAUGGACGAUUAACAAAAUCGUUCGUAACAAUGUUUCUGCUUUCAAUCUUCUUUUUCUUCAUGUUCAAGUUCCUGAAGAUGGUCGCGACUUUAAGAACAUGAAAAAGAAAGAAACGGUUGGGGGGACUCAUCUGCUGGAAUACUUUGUCAAUAAGUGUAAUGAAAUUGGGGUCCCCUGUGCAGCAUGGAUAAAGGAGGGUGAUCCCAAAGAAGUGAUACUGAAUGAGGUGAAACGGAUCCGUCCAGAUUUACUAGUUGUGGGAUGCAGAGGUCUUGGACCUUUCCAAAAGGUUUUUGUUGGCACUGUUAGUGAAUUUUGCUGGAAGCAUGCUGAAUGCCCUGUCAUGACUAUCAAACGCAAUGCAGAUGAAACUCCAAGGGAUCCUGUUGAUGACUAGUAGUUUGACAUUGGAGAUAGAUUACAUGUGUUGGUGGAGCUGAAAAAAAUUAAAAACAAAAUAUUGAACAUAAGUAAGAUUAGUGUAUGAAGUAGUUCAGUGUAGGAACAUGAGCAUGGUCUCGAACUUUUCGAGCUUUCUUGCCCUUGUUCCUUUUCUCCUUUAUCUGUAUGUUUCCUCUUUUCAAGGCUCAAGGUAGUUACCAUUUUCGUAA